UUCUUCUUCUUCAGAAGGGAGCCGAAAACAGAAAUGAUAAAAAGUCAUCAGAGAAAUCGGAGAAAAUUUGUUGAGAAAUUUUGUAUUUUUACGAAUUCAUUUUAAAUUUAGGAAGUUUUAACAAUAAAUACCACGAUUUCCUCACAAAAAACGUGUAAAGUUAGCAGUUGGCAUAUAGCUAGUAUUAAACAGUGUUUGUGGUUGGGUUCAGAAAUUUAUGGAUUAUGUUUAUUGUGGCACCGAACCGCCAGAGGACAUUUUAAAUGUCUACGAUGGCGGCGGCCAACGCAGCACUGGCCACUUUUCGCCAAAUUUCAACGGCUUCAAUAUUAGCUCCGGGGACCCAGGCUACAUGGAACUGGUGCCCAUUCUGGCAGAUGGCGGCGAAAACUUUGGUGUAUCGGCACUCGCAUUUGAUGAUUAUGAGGAGUUGCUCUGGAUGGGUAAUCAGGGAGGCCACGUCACUUCGUAUUACAGCAGCACAUUACAAAAGUACACUUCUUUCCAAGUGCAUGCCAGCGAUAUCGUUCGUCAGAUCAUAACCAUUGACGCUGGCAUUUUGGUGCUGACGCAAACGUCAUUGAGACAUCAGAUACGUCGUGGCAUACCGAAGUUUACACAUCGCUCGAAGAGCAUGACUGAAAUGGUGUGUAUGCAACAGCUGACACCAAAUCGUUUGGUCAUGGCAGGUCUGCAAGAUGAAAUGAUCGAGUUUGAUCUCCGUACACUGAAAGAAACGAAAGUGGAAAAUAUUGGAUCAACAGGCUGUACAGUGCUUCGCAAAAAUUCACGCUUCCUAUUCGCCGGGGACCCGUUUGGCAUGGUGACAUUGCGCGAUUUGAAUUCGCUACAUGUAGAGCACACUAUCAAGACUCACACUGGUAGUUUAUCCGAUUUCGAUGUACAGGGAAACUAUCUCAUCUCAUGUGGAUAUAGCGGCCGACAAGGCACACUGGCCGUCGAUCGUUUCCUCAUGGUUUAUGAUCUACGCAUGCUGCGUUCGAUAUCACCCAUACAAGUGCUAAUCGAUCCACAGCUUUUAAAGUUUCUACCAUCGCAGACUUCACGGUUAGCUGUAGUUUCUAGCUACGGACAAGUACAAUUAGUCGACACUGUUGAAUUGAGCGAACCACGAGUAUCUAUGUACCAAAUCAAUACGACCGGCAGUCAGUGUCUGAGUUUCGAUGUGUGUUCCUCAUCACAGGCAAUGGCUUUUGGUGCUCAAUCAGGUCAUAUUAGCGUAAUCGCCGCCGUCAAUACACCACAGCCCCAAUUUAAUGCCUUCUCGCGAAAUACGGAAUUUGCUGAUCCAGUGCCGCAGUUGCCUUUUGUGCCUAUUACAGACACCUCAUUUCCGCUAUCAUCGGUUGCCUUACCACACUUGGUGACUGGUAACCGAUGGUUUUCUGAUUGGCCACCCGAGCUGCUACGCUAUCAAUAUCGGCGACCAAAACACAUUGAAGCAGAUGUUAUUAACAAUAUGAAGAUGCAAGGGCCCAUUGGCUAUUCGCCGAACCCGCGUACAGCACGUCGCAAUCAAAUACCAUAUGUACUUGAAACGCCGAAUAACAUGACCACUAACAGUAAUGGCUUGCCGAGCACGGUUAAAACGGCGGAAAGUGGCGUAAAAAUCAUACCAAGGCGUUAUCGUAAAGUGGAAUUGAAGUAUUCGAAAUUGGGUACCCAAGACUUUGACUUUGAGCUACACAAUCAGACGUGUUUCGCCGGACUGGAAGCAACAUUACCCAACUCCUAUUGCAAUUCCAUGUUGCAGAUAUUAUAUUUUAUUGAGCCCCUGCGUCUAAAACUGAUUGAACAUUCUUGCAAAAAGGAGUUUUGUUUGUCCUGUGAACUCGGUUUCCUCUUCAAUAUGUUGGAUAAAAGCUCAGCUGCAACACCAUGUCAAGCCAGCAAUUUUCUGCGUUCAUUUCGUACGGUGCCUGAAGCAUCGGCACUGGGUCUUAUACUGUCCGAUCGUUCGUCCAAUGUUAAUUUAAUAAAUCUUAUACAGAAUUGGAAUCGUUUUAUUCUACAUCAGAUGCAUUAUGAAAUGGUAGACUCAGAUAAAAAAAGUCGCUUGAAUAGCGCAACAAGCACAAGCAGUUCCGAAGAAAACUCGACUAGCAUCGAAAAACCUGCUGUGGACCUAAGCAGUAAAUCGGGCGAAAUAUUUCAAACCAUCGAUAUGAAAAGCGACGAUGAUCGCGAACGAAGUAAAAUUAAUGAAGAAUCGGAAAUCAGUCGUCUAUUCGGUACCAAGCAAGAUUGCAUAAACCGCUGUUUGAAAUGCAACAACGAGAAAACUAAACAAAACAUACUAUUGGCCUGUAAUCUUAGUUAUCCAUUGCAUGUCAAAGAAAUUGAACAAUUCAAUUUUGGUUCCAUUCUUAAAGGCUCUCUAAGCACGGAAAAGCACAUACAAGCCUUUUGCGAACAUUGCAAGAAAUUCUCACCUACCAAGCAAAGUGUUAAGGUCACUUGUCUUCCACAAAUACUGGCAAUCAAUUGCGGUUUGAGCAAUGAAAAAGAUUUGGGAUUCCUGCGAAGACAAUUGAAUCGUAAUUUACACACACCAUCAGAGAGUCCAGCAUUGAAUACAAAUAAGCCCUGUCGUUAUGGCAUAAAUUGCUCUCGCAGCGAUUGUCAUUUUGUGCAUCCCGAUAGGAAAUCUCCAACUUCCAGCACUACAAGAACUCAAACUAAUACCUCACCGAAUGGCCGCCAGAACUCCUGGUUUCCUUUAAGCUUUUCGAUAUCUAUUGGUGAACAGGGCGAGCUGAGUGUGCAAACUGAGCUUAGUAAUACAAAAACCGAAGAGCACAAUUCCACAGAGAAUAAGGAAAAUCGAAGAAGCGGCAAUGAGACAAGCGUUGCAGGCGGCGAUAGCGUAGGCCUCGAUAAAAAACAAAGAGCUAAUUGUAAGUACAAUAGUUUAUUAUGCUGUUCAGGACACUGGCUACGGCACAAAACCGAAACCGAUUUAUCUCCAAUUUAAACUUGACAAUGAAUG